UUUGAUUCCUAUUGGGCUGGCACAGUGGCACACCACCUCACCUCUGCAGCUAUCGUCCAGUUUUAUAGCAAGCCGAUAUGGUCGGGGUUUGGUGGCUGGUUGGUUAACUAAGGAAAUAUGUUUCAACUUGAGUAGCUAAUUAGCUAGAUAAUAUACUCACACCUCGGGGUAAUCGCCUAGAAAGUAGUCCAAACGUUGACGUGACAGCCAGUGCAUGCUAAACAAUAGGGUAUUUAACGGGUUAGCACGAUUUAGCUAAUGUUUCUUUACGCCUAGUGAGCUAGCUAACAGUAGCUAAGCCUCUUUCCAGAGACGGUGCAUUGAUGUUUAUUGUAGCUAACUAGCUACGACAGUGCGUCACCAUUCAAGAUGGACACCGCAGAGGAAGCGGACAUAUGCAGGGUGUGUCGUUCAGAGGGAACUCCGGAUAAGCCCCUCUAUCACCCCUGUGUCUGCACUGGCAGUAUAAAAUUCAUCCACCAAGAAUGCUUGGUUCAGUGGCUGAAGCACAGUAGGAAAGAAUACUGUGAAUUAUGCAAGCACAGGUUUGCGUUCACGCCAAUCUACUCUCCAGACAUGCCUUCGCGGCUCCCGGUCCAGGACAUUUUCGCAGGGCUGGUGACCAGCAUCGGCACGGCCAUCCGAUACUGGUUUCACUACACGCUGGUGGCCUUCGCCUGGCUGGGAGUGGUUCCUCUCACUGCCUGUCGCAUCUAUAAGUGUCUGUUUACUGGCUCCGUGAGCUCUCUCCUAACUCUGCCACUGGACAUGCUGUCUACAGAGAACCUGCUGGCGGACUGCCUGCAGGGCUGUUUCGUGGUCACCUGCACCCUGUGCGCUUUCAUCAGCCUGGUGUGGCUGCGGGAGCAGAUCGUCCACGGCGGCGCCCCCCAGUGGCUGGAGCAGAACCCGCAGCAGCCCGCCAACGCCGCCGGCCAGCCCAACGAGGUCCCCGGUGCUGGGGACGGGGAGCAGCAGCCGGCCCCGCCUCCCGCCGACCCCCCGGCGGAGAACGCGGCGGCCGAGGCCCCCGACCUCCCACCGGACCCCGCCGACGACGUGGAGGCGGACAACGAGGAAGAGGAAGAUGCCGCCGCCGAAGACGCUGCGGAGGAGAACAAUGGUGGUCAAGAUGACAUGAACUGGAAUGCACUGGAAUGGGAUCGCGCUGCAGAGGAGCUCACCUGGGAGAGGAUGCUUGGACUCGAUGGCUCCUUGGUGUUCCUGGAGCACGUGUUCUGGGUGGUCUCGCUGAAUACACUCUUUAUUCUGGUGUUCGCUUUCUGUCCCUAUCAUAUUGGACACUUCUCUGUAGUGGGCCUUGGCUUUGAAGAAUAUGUCCUAGCCUCACAUUUUGAGGGCCUGAUCACGACCAUUGUGGGCUACAUCCUCUUAGCCCUCACACUCAUCUUGUGUCACGGCUUGGCCGCAUUGCUGAGGUUCCAGAGGUCCCGCCGGUUAUUAGGAGUCUGCUACAUUGUUGUGAAGGUUUCCUUACUGGUUGUCGUAGAGAUAGGAGUCUUCCCCCUCAUCUGUGGCUGGUGGCUUGACAUAUGCUCCCUGGAGAUGUUCGACGCCUCUCUGAAAGACAGAGAGCUUAGCUUCCAGUCGGCGCCGGGCACUACCAUGUUCCUGCACUGGCUCGUGGGAAUGGUCUAUGUCUUCUACUUCGCUUCCUUUAUACUCCUGCUUCGGGAGGUCCUCAGACCCGGAGUGCUGUGGUUUCUAAGAAACCUGAACGAUCCCGAUUUUAAUCCAGUCCAGGAAAUGAUCCACCUGCCAAUAUACAGACACUUGAGACGAUUCAUUUUGUCAGUGGUGGUUUUUGGGUCUAUUGUGCUUCUGAUGCUGUGGCUUCCCAUUAGAAUAAUCAAGCUGAUUUUGCCCAGCUUCCUUCCUUACAACGUCAUGCUGUACAGCGACGCUCCAGUGAGCGAGCUGUCCCUGGAGCUGCUGCUGCUGCAGGUGGUGCUGCCGGCCCUCCUGGAGCAGGGGCACACACGCCAGUGGCUGAAGGGCCUGGUGCGGGCCUGGACCGUGUCUGCUGGCUACCUGCUAGAUCUGCACUCCUACCUUCUGGGAGACCAGGAGGAGGGGGACAACAAUGGCAAUCAGGCAGCCAAUAACAACGCCCAGGCCCGCAACAACAACAACGCCCUCCCUGUGGCGGGGGAGGGGCUUCACGCUGCCCAUCAGGCCAUCCUGCAGCAAGGCGGGCCAGUGGGCUUCCAGCCCUACCACCGGCCAAUGAGGUUCCCUUUUCGGAUCAUGCUGCUGAUAGUGUUCAUGUGCGUGACCCUGCUGGUGGCCAGCCUGGUGUGCCUGACCUUACCGGUGUUCUCUGGCCGCUGGCUGAUGUCCUUCUGGACGGGCAGCGCUAAGAUCCACGAGCUGUACACAGCGGCGUGUGGGCUGUACAUGUGCUGGCUGUCCAUCCGCGCCAUCACCGUGCUGCUGGCCUGGAUGCCGCAGGGCCGCCGGGUCAUCCUGCUCAAGGUCCAGGAGUGGACGUUCAUGGUUCCUGUCCCUGUUCCGGGGAAUUUCCUGUUAUUGUGGAUCGUGAAGACGCUGAUCGUGGCGGUGAUGCUGGCCGGUCUGAUCCCGCUCCUUCUGGGCCUGCUCUUUGACCUGGUCAUAGUGGCUCCUCUGCGGGUCCCCCUGGACCAGACACCCCUCUUUUACCCCUGGCAGGUGUGUACGUGCCAUCAACGCUCAAACUUACUCAUGGGACUCACAUUCAAGCCACGAUAGGAAUGCAGUUUUCAC